UCUCGGCGGGUCCGGAGCUGGAUGCUCCUCGGACCGGGAGAGCUGUCUGCCCUGGCUCCCUGGUGCUGCGGGGCAAGCGCCUGGGUGUGGUUCGGAGGAGCCUUUCCCUGGGCAGGAGGGAGGGAGUCGCCUGUUUUGGAGCCCUGGCUGUGAUGGAGCUGCGAGGGUCCAAUGUGCUUUGAAGAUAUAGCUGUUAAUUUCACAGAUGAGGUGUGGGCUCUGCACAAGGAAGUCAUGGAGGAGCAUAAUGGGAUCAUGGACUCUACCAGUGGUGAUGAAUUGGACAUUAAGAACAAGGGAAACCACGGCAAAGUCCACAAAGUGGAGAAACCAUAUAAGUAUUCAGAGUAUGGCGAGGACUUCAUUCAGAGCUCCCGUUGCAAUCAAACAAAUUCCAUUGGGAAGAAAUCCUAUCAGUGCUUGGAAUGUGGAAAGAGCUUCAGUAAGAAGGGCACACUCAUAGUCCAUCAAAGAAUUCAUACAGAGGAGAAACCAUAUAUUUGCAUUAAAUGUGGUAAGAGCUUCACCCAAAAGGGAAAUUUCACUUGCCACCAAAGAAUUCAUACAGGGGAGAAACCAUAUCAGUGCUUGGAAUGUGGAAAGAGCUUCACCCAAAGGGGAAGUCUCACUUCCCAUCAUAAAAUUCAUACAGGGGAAAAACCGUAUCAGUGCUUGGAAUGUGGAAAAAGCUUCCGUAAGAACUGCCAUCUCACUGCCCAUCAAAGAAUUCAUAUAGGGGAGAAACCAUAUCAGUGCAUGGAAUGUGGAAAGAGCUUCCGUAAGAACUGCCAUCUCACUGCCCAUCAAAGAAUUCAUAUAGGGGAGAAACCGUAUCAGUGCUUGGAAUGUGGAAAAAGCUUCACCCAAAGGGGAAGUCUCACUUCCCAUCAAAGAAUUCAUACAGAGGAGAAACCCUAUCAGUGCCUUGAAUGUGGGAAGAGCUUCAGUGAGAAGCACACACUUAUAGAGCAUCAAAGAAUUCAUACAGGGGAGAAACCGUAUCAGUGCUUGGAAUGUGGAAAGAGCUUCAGUCAUAGGUCCCAUCUUUCUUCCCAUCAUAAAAUUCAUACAGGGGAAAAACCGUAUCAGUGCUUGGAAUGUGGAAAAAGCUUCCGUAAGAACUGCCAUCUCACUGCCCAUCAAAGAAUUCAUACAGGGGAGAAACCGUAUCAGUGCUUGGAAUGUGGAAAAAGCUUCCGUAAGAACUGCCAUCUCACUGCCCAUCAAAGAAUUCAUACAGGGGAGAAACCGUAUCAGUGCUUGGAAUGUGGAAAGAGCUUCAGUCAUAGGUCCAAUCUUUCUUCCCAUCAUAAAAUUCAUACAGGGGAAAAACCGUAUCAGUGCUUGGAAUGUGGAAAGAGGUUCAAUCAGAGUGCCCAUCUCACAACCCAUUAAGGAAUUCAUACAGGGGAGAAACCAUAUCAGUGCUUGGAAUGUGGAAAAAGUUUCAGUCGCAGCACCAGUCUCACUUCUCAUCACAGAAUUCAUACAGAGGGGAGUGACCAUUUAAAUGCUUGAAAUAUGGGAGUUACUUUAUGGAGGCACAAAGUUUCAUUGAAAUGAAAGCAGUGGAAAGAGGUUCAGUCACAACACCCAUCUCACUUCCCAUCAAAUAAGCCACAGUGGGGCAUAACCAUAGAAAUGGGUGUCCACAAAUUUACUUUUAGGAGAUUGUGAUUUGUCUGCAGGCAAGGAUUGCAAUAGUGUUUAUGUCCUUCAGAAACACAGCAAAGAAGUCAAUGUUGUCUCUACAACCAUGGAGUGAAAAAGCCUUGCUGAAAUUGAGAUACACGACAUCUACAGCAUUCCCCUGAACCACCAAUGUUGUACCUUUAUCAUAGUAACCUUUUCCAAAUGCUCACUGGCUGACUGUUUAUCUUUUCUAGGACCUUUUCCUGGUACCAAUGUCAAGCUCACUAGCUUUUCAGUUAAUCUAGGUCUUAUUUUUCUCCCUUUUUGAAGAUGGGAACAACAUAUUGCCUCCUCCA